AUGAAUUUCACCAGGGUCUGUCUACGGCCAUUCAAGAUAAGCGAUGUUGACGAUUUCUUACUAUGGGCAGGAGAUGAUGAAGUGACUCGUAAUCUCCGAUGGAAGACGUGUGGUUCAAGGGAAGAGGCUUUGGUGUAUUUAAGAGAUGUUUGCAUACCUCACCCUUGGCGUCGCUCAAUUUGCCUCGAUGACCGUUCUAUAGGUUUUAUUUCGGUGCGUCCUUGGUCAGGCGAUGAAAGGUGCAAAGCUGACAUAGGGUAUGCUAUAGCGGCCAAAUACUGGGGCCAAGGGAUAGUGACCAAAGUACUCAAAAUUGCGGUGCCUCAAGUGUUCAAAGACUUCCCUGAUUUGCUGAGGUUGCAAGCUUUUACCACAGUGGAGAACAAGGCUUCCCAGAGGGUGUUGGAAAAAGUUGGGUUCUUUAAAGAGGGAGUCCUCAGAAAGUACACAUAUCUAAAGGGGGACAUCAAGGAUUUGGUUGUGUUUAGUUUUUUGUCAACGGAUGAAAUUCCUCCUGGUGAUUAG